UUUUUAAGUGUAUAACAUGUAAGAUAUAUGUUCACAUUAUUAAAUAGCAAAAGUAAGAAUCGUUUCUUUUUGAGAAGCACGUGUUAGUUUGAAAUUAUAAAAAUGACAAAAAUUAGAAAGGUAAAACGUAGAAAGAAAUAUCGUAUGAAUGUAAAUCGUAAGCGAUUACGAAAUAAAUUAUACAAAUUACCUACAAUAACAUGUGCUCAAAUAAAACAAUCGUGGGAUGUAACUAAAUCCACACGAACUAAUUUAAAUCAAAUGGGUUUAACAUAUGAUCCAAAUGAAACUUUAAAAAUACCCAAUACAAAAAAGGAGCUUAUUGACAAAGUGUCAAAAUGGAAAGUUGAGGAAAAUGAUGAAAAUAAAUUGCAGAGUGAAGAAGAUAUUGAAAUGACAUCAGUAAAAAUGCAUGUAGCACAAGAACUUGAAACAGAGGCAAAAGCGCCAAGAAAAAGGAUGUUUAGAUUACCAAAUAGUCAAGUUUAUUUUCUUACCUAUUUGAUGGAUAAGUAUGGAGAAAAUUAUAAGGCUAUGGCAUUAGAUAGAAAGAAUUAUAAUCAAUUAACUUGGAAACAAAUACGUGCUAAAAUUAAGAUAUUCAAAGGUAUCCCUGAGCAAUACAAUGAGUAUCUUCAGAAUAAAAAUACAUAACAUAAUUCAUAAUAUAAUUAAUUAAUUUCUUAAUAUAUUUAACACAAAUAUAUUUCAAUUUUCAUACAAAUUGGUAUAUAAAGUAUCAAAGUAUAAAAUUAAUAAAUUAAUUAAUAUUCUUAUUUAGGUAAGUACAAAAACAAUAGACAAGAAAAAUUAAUAUUUAUUACAACAGAUUUAUAUAAAUAUGUGUAAUACUAUUCACUGUAAAUGAAUAAAAUAGAUUUAUGUUUUUAAA